GUUGCUGUUCGUGUCCAAGCUAUGUCAGCUCUUGCAAGACUCCAGGAUCCUUCUGAUGCAGCCUGUCCAGUUGUAGAUGCCUUGAUUUGGUUAGCGCGUCAUGAUACUAGUCCUGAAGGUCGUAGAGCAGCCCUAGUUGCCAUGAUAUUAACCACACGCACACUUCCUGUCGUGUUUGAGAGGCAUCGUGAUGUCGCAGAUAAUGUUCGUAAAACUGUCUUCACUAUAUUCACUGCAAGAUCAGUUUUGCGACCUUUGACUAUCGCCAAGCGAAUUCAGCUUUUGCAAUUCGGUUUGACAGACAGAUCAGUUGAUGUCCGUGCUGCCGCGCGCAAGCUUGUCAUCUCAUGGUUCCAAGCAACUGACAGCGAUCCUGUGCUUCUACUUCGUCGACUUGAUACCGAGGGAGUUUCCGAGACGAGUCAAUUAUGCUUGGAUAAUCUAUUUAGUGAACUUUCAGAGGAAUCAUUUCGUGAGAUGGUUAACACAUGGUCAAAUAAUUACCUCACAGACCAAAAUGUCAUUAAACCUGACAAGAAUUCUGUAGAGAGCUGGUUCACUUGGCGCAGCCUUAUCGAACAUAUUUCUCUAAAAUCAAAACAGGAAGAAGUCAACAAUCUUUCAGAAUCUACUGAUAAAUUAAUGAAAGAGAAGUCUCAUUUUUAUACAUCUCUCCUUGACCGCAUCAUUCCCUCGGUCACCACUUUUAUUGAGCCACUCAGACGGUCAGUAUUUUUUUGCGCGUCACUAGUUUUUUAUUAA